UAUUCCUACGCUCCCUCGCUCUCUCUGUUUCUCAAUUCUCGUUUAUUCAAUUCAUUUCAAUUUCUACUCUUUCUCUCUCUUAACCGUGCGGCGGAUCUAGGUCACCGCCGUCGCGAUCUCGAGUUGGAUACGGUGGCGGCAAUGGCGGAGUUGCCGGAAAAUCGCCGGCACUCUUCUUCCAGUUCAUCCAGUUCGAGCAAUCUCUCUGUCGGAGUGGAUCGUGAAUUAGAUGCCGGAAACAGAAGCACUGGCAAGCACGUGGAGGACAGUACAGAUGCUGUUGCCAAUGGAGGCUCCCUUGAUAACGGUGGUAGCUCUUCAGCCUCAGGCUUUCCUGGCGGGGAGUUGUCUAAAGCGACCACACUGCCAGCGGACAUAUCACUUGGAGAUAAAUUGGAGUUGGACAUAUCACAUGGAGAUAAAUUGGAGUCAAGUUCAAGUAAGUUUAAAUUGGAAAGGUCUAAAACAGAGAGACAAAAACAUCUAAGGCCUGAAGAUGCAGCACAGAUUUUUGAUGACAAAAUUCCUGUCCAGGAGAAGCUAAAAUUGUUGAACAGAAUAGCUACUGUAAAAGAUGAUGGAACUGUAGAAUUUGAAGUUCCAGGAGAUGUUGAACCUGAAGCUCUUGGUGCUCGAUCUAAAUAUGUAAAUAAUGUAGUUGAUGAUUCACUUGACGCAACGGACUUUCAUUACAUUCCACCGUUGAAUAUAGUGAUGCUUAUUGUUGGUACUCGAGGAGAUGUGCAACCAUUUGUUGCAAUAGGCAAACGCUUGCAGGACUAUGGCCAUCGUGUUAGAUUAGCAACACAUUCAAAUUUUAAGGAGUUUGUUUUGACAGCCGGGUUGGAGUUUUAUCCAUUAGGCGGUGAUCCAAAAGUCCUUGCUGGUUAUAUGGUUAAAAAUAAGGGCUUUCUUCCAUCGGGACCUUCUGAGAUACCUAUUCAGCGAAAUCAAAUGAAGGAUAUUAUUAAUUCUCUCCUUCCAGCUUGUAAAGAACCUGAUAUUGAUUCCGGUGUCCCCUUUAAAGCAGAUGCAAUCAUUGCCAAUCCCCCAGCAUAUGGGCAUACCCAUGUGGCAGAGGCACUUAAAAUUCCAAUUCAUAUUUUUUUCACAAUGCCAUGGACGCCAACCAGUGAAUUUCCACAUCCUUUGUCCCGUGUAAAGCAACAGGCUGGAUAUAGGCUUUCAUAUCAAAUAGUUGACUCAUUGAUAUGGCUGGGAAUAAGAGACAUGAUUAAUGAUCUUAGGAAGAAAAAGUUGAAGCUACGACCGGUCACAUAUUUAAGUGGCUCACAAGGUUCUGAUACUGAUGUUCCACAUGCAUAUAUAUGGAGUCCUCAUCUUGUUCCUAAACCAAAAGAUUGGGGACCAAAAAUUGAUGUAGUAGGGUUUUGCUUUCUUGAUCUUGCAUCAAACUAUGAACCUCCAGAAUCCCUUGUAAAAUGGCUCAAAGAUGGUGACAAGCCUAUUUACAUUGGAUUUGGUAGCCUUCCUGUUCAAGAACCAAAAAAGAUGACACAAAUAAUUGUAGAAGCACUGGAGAAAACUGGACAGAGGGGCAUCAUCAAUAAAGGAUGGGGAGGUCUGGGGCAUUUGGCAGAACCAAAGGACUCUAUAUACUUGUUGGAUAAUAUCCCUCAUGAUUGGCUAUUCUUACAUUGCAAGGCCGUGGUGCAUCAUGGAGGUGCAGGAACGACAGCUGCUGGGCUGAAAGCUGCUUGCCCAACGACCGUAGUUCCAUUUUUUGGUGAUCAACCAUUUUGGGGUGAGAGAAUACAUGCUAGAGGAGUUGGUCCCCCACCUAUCCCUGUUGAUGAGUUUACGCUUCCCAAGUUGGUUUAUGCAAUAAAUUUUAUGCUAGAUCCCAAGGUAAAGGAGCGUGCAAUUGAACUUGCCAAGGCCAUGGAAAAUGAGGAUGGAGUGACAGGAGCUGUGAAAGCAUUUUUAAAGCAGCUUCCUCAAAAGAAAACAGAACCUGAUUCAGAGCCGCUGCCGUCUAGCAUUUUCUCUAUAAGUAGAUGCUUUGGUUGUUCGUGAUUCAAUGCAAGUAGGUCAAACCUCACCUUUUGUCAAUCUAUUGUGUAAAUCACGAAAUUGUUACUGCGUCUAUGAGAUGCGCUCGACUUAACCCUGUCCAUGUGGUUACAUAUUUCCGUGGAUCAUACUAUUCAGCUUCAAUAUGUAUGUAAGUUCUGUUUGUAUUUAAUUCAUAUUCAUUAAGAUCAAGUGAGGCUAAUGGCUUUUUGUUCUUUACUUUUGUUUUUCACUACAGUAUAUCCGUUUGUGACCAUGACCCGAUAUUUUUUCUCAUUUUUGUCCAAAUUCUUCUCUAUUGUAUAAAAUUAACUGUACGCUAUAUGAAAUA